AUGCUCCCCGGCGGCUACACCGUCCUGGCCAUGCUCAUCGCGGUCCACCUGCUAGCGCCGACUGAGUCGGCCUCAAUGGAGUGCGACGGCAACCCCCAAACGUCCAACAGCUCCUUUCCCUCGACCCUGAAGCUGCCUGCCGCGGGACUCCCCGGCAACGCCUCCACCUCCCCAAACGGCUUCGCCACCGCCACCGUCGGCACGGCGCCCGGCCUAGUCUACGGCAUGGCCCUCUGCACAUUCAAGAAAAUGGCGAGAGCCUUGAUCUUCGAUUUGACGGCACUGCAAGAGGCAACCCAGAACUUUUCAGAAGCGAAUAAGCUUGGAGAAGGCGGUUAUGGAAUUGUAUACAAGGGAAUACUGCCGGAUGGGCAAGAAAUAGCAGUGAAGAAGCUCUUGGGAGCAACUGAGCAUGGUUUGCAUCAGUUGCGCAAUGAGGUGCUUCUAUUGGCAGAGCUUCAGCACAAGAAUCUUGUCAGAUUACAGGGGUUUUGCUCGCAUCGGAAUGAUACGUUGCUUGUUUACGAAUAUAUCAAGAACGGGAGCCUCGACAACUUUCUAUUCGAUACUAGUGAGGUUAAUACUCUAAACUGGGAGCAACAGUACAACAUCAUUCUUGGAAUAGCCAAGGGAAUACUGUAUCUUCACGAGGACUCCAACCCAAGGAUAAUCCACAGGGACCUUAAAGCUAAUAAUAUCCUUCUUGACGAGGAGAUGGAUCCUAAAAUCGCAGACUUUGGAUUGGCACGGCUGCUACAAGAAGGUCACACUCAUACUCAAAACACUAGAGCUGCCGGAACACUUGGUUAUAUGGCGCCGGAGUACGCAAUACACGGAAGUGUGUCACCCAAGAUCGAUAUUUUCAGUCUUGGUGUACUAGUCCUUGAAAUUAUAACCAGGAGAAGGAACUGCGGUUCAGAUUAUGGGGAUACCGUGAACCUCAUUAGUGAUGUGUGGAAUUACUGGACAAAAGGAACAAUAUCAGAAAUGAUGGACGGAUCACUCAAUGGAUACCCUCGAAGCCAAGCGCUACGGUGCAUCCACAUCGGGCUACUGUGUGUCCAACCGGACCCUGAUGACAGGCCUCAAAUAUCAACCGUCAUUUUCAUGUUAACAAGGGACACCAUGGAGCUUCAGCCACCGACACAGCCUGCAUUCUUCUUUGGGACAGAAUCGCCAUCUCCAGCUUCUCCACGAUAUGGGCAAUGCCGGGAUGUGCAUGCCCGGUUUGAUUUAGUACCGGAAGAUGACGUAUCUUGGAAUGGGGUUACGAUUACUGAGCCAUAUCCUAGGUGAUAUACGAUCUGGAUUCUUGAAGCGGUCCUGUCAUGUUUUGUCAUAAUGGAGGCCAGUUGGCUGGAUUAGGUUUACGUCUUCGUCACGAUCGAGUCUUGUAAUCAUGGCCUCAAGCCGCACGAGAUGAAUGAUAGUACACUUAUUUUGU